AUAGUACAAUCAAUAGUUCAAUAGGAUAAAAUUGCAGUUUAAAAACUUAUAUUCUUUUGAACAAUAAAACUCAGAAUGAGAAUUUUAUUGAUCCUAAUUGGGACCUUCGUGGUAGCCAAUGCUUUGUCAACCAAAGAACAAUGGGAGAGCUUUAAGCGUAUCCAUAAUAAAUCAUAUGCUCAUAUUCUAGAAGAAAACUAUCGCUUGUCAGUGUUUCAGUCGAAUCUAAAGAAAAUCGAAGAACAUAAUUCCAGAUACACGAAGGGUGAAGUUUCGUAUUACAUGGGUGUAACCAAAUUUGCAGAUUUAACAGCUGAUGAAUUUAUGGCUAUGCUUAAUAAACAAAUAAGCUCAAAGCCAAAUAACCACGGUAUACCUGCACAACUUUCUGAUGAUCCAAUACCUGAUUCCGUAGAUUGGAGAGGAUCGGGUGCAGUUUUGGAAGUAAAAAACCAAGGCGUUUUGUGGAUCUUGUUGGACAUUUAGUGUUACUGGAGCAUUAGAAGCACUUAAUUUCUUAGCAAAUAACGUAACACUUCCUUUAAGUGAACAGGAACUUAUAGACUGCUCGACACUAUACGGUAACGCUGGUUGUAAAGGAGGAAAUAUGCAACAUGCUUUUAAGUAUGUUAAAGCUAAAGGUAUAUCAAGUGAAACGGCAUAUCCGUACGUAGGAGAAGAUGCGCCUUGUACUCGAAAUGCGAGUAAUACUGUUUUUAAAAUAAAGGGUUUCCAAACUGUUCCAAAUGAUGAUGAAUCAUUGAAACGUGCUAUUGCGACAGUUGGUCCUAUAUCCAUUGGAAUGCAAGCUACAGCAAAUCUUCAACAUUAUAAGGGAGGAAUACUGAGCGAUUCUAGUUGUGUUAACUACGUGGGAACCAUAAAUCAUGGGGUUCUAGCAGUUGGUUAUGGAACAGAAAAUGACAAAGAUUUUUGGAUUGUUAAAAAUUCCUGGGGACUUUCUUGGGGUGAAGAUGGUUACUUUAGAAUUCAAAGAAACACAUGUUGCAUCACCUGCGAUUCAAAUUUUCCAACAAUUUAAUCAGCAUAGAUCAAUCAUUGUAUAUCUUAAAAGUUGUCUAAAAUAAAAACUUUAAAAAAUUGUUAUUACAUAAUAUCAUUAUUAUAU